GGAGGAGAAUAAAAGGGGAAGAUAAUGAGGAUACGCUGUGGCAUCUCUCACAAGGAUAAAGUCAUCUAAAAAACAAAAUAACGGACUGUGGUGACCUGUAGUCUUCUCCCUCACCUCCUCAAUUUUUAUGGCAUUGACUAUUUGUCUCUAACCAUUUUCUAAUCCUUAGUAGAGAAGAUAAUUUCGUUUGACACGUCAUAAAAUGGAGAACCACCAUGGAAACAAUGAUAAGGCAGUGAUAAUAGAUGAUGACAGAAGCGAGGGGUCUGUCGAGGUGGAGCCGGAAAAAGGUGAAAUCGAUGGUGAUGAGGAAACCGAGAAAAUCUGCAUAAUAGAUCCUGAUACUGAGGAACUUGAUUUUAAUCACUCGAGGCUCUCAAAACUGGAGAAUCUAGAGCCUCUGGCCAACAUCAAAAAGCUAUGCUUUACCUGGAAUUUAAUCAAGAAGAUCGAGAAUCUUGACACCCUCACAACACUCGUCGAAUUGGAACUCCGGGAUAAUCAAAUAACUGUGAUCGAGAAUUUGGAUGCUUUAGUUAAUUUAGAGAUCCUAGAUCUGUCCUUCAACCGACUGAAAAAAAUUCAAAACCUGGAUAAACUCAAGAGCCUGCAGAAGCUCUUCCUCUCAUCAAACAAAAUCGCAAAAAUUGAAAACCUCUCUCACCUGGAGAAUUUAAUUCUCCUGGAGUUGGGUGACAAUAAAAUUCAUAAGAUCGAGAAUCUGAAUGGUUUGGAGACCCUGACCAAUCUGUUUCUGGGAAAAAAUAAAAUCGCAAAGAUCGAGAAUCUGGAGCACUUGGUGAACCUAACACUCCUCAGUAUUCAGAGCAAUCGACUCACAAAGAUAGAAAAUUUGGAGGAGCUCAAACAACUGGAUCAACUGUAUUUAUCUGAAAAUGGAUUGACCUGUAUUGAGAACCUGAAGACUCAAACAAAGCUAACGACACUGGAUUUAGCAGAUAAUCAGAUAAAACAAGUGGAGGGAAUCAGCCAUAUGGAACUUCUAGAGGAAUUAUGGAUGAACAAUAAUAAAAUUGAGGACUUGACAGCCCUGGAGUCCCUGGCAGCGAACAAGAAACUCCAGACAGUGUAUCUCGAGCACAAUCCCAUCUCCAAGGACCCCAACUACAGAAGAAAGAUAAAAUUACUGCUCCCCUGGUUAACUCAACUCGACGCAACCCUGUGCAGAUGAAUCAAAUAACCUCACACCACCAGAAAUGCAAUUAAUUUAUUAGCUGUUGCACCUGAAUGGGAACACAAACCUGUUGAUUCUAAAAUGUCUUCUCAACCCGAGAAACUUCCUUGAUAAUAUAAAUCAAGGGCUUCGAUGUUACGUAUUGAAUGAAGCUGAACUAACAAAUCUUCAGUCUUCCUAAAUUUAAAAUAAAAGUAUUGAUAUUCAACUCCUGCCCGAUGAAGAGAAAACCUCUAAUUGUUGAUUGUAUAAAAGCAGUUUUUCUAAAUGUUCCCUAGUAACUCCUCUCAGUCAAAUUUAGGAAAUUUGCACUUGUAUUUUACCAGUGGUUAUUUAUCCCUGAUUUUUCUAAUAAAUGAAUAAAUAAACUCACCAAUUCAAAACCAUU